UCCCGGUCCAAUCAGCUGCGUCAGGUUUGUUUUACGGGCCUUUGACUGACGUUCACGUGCGCUUCUCCAACUCCAGGAUUGAGAUUUCCGUAUUGACCUUCCCAUCGAAUCGAAUCGAGAGACACAGAGUGUAGAGUCUGCUGCACUCGCACUGUAGUUACUGCACCCAGUGUUACAGGUGGGGAGAGGGGCUGAUUCGUUGUCCUCCUCUCUUCUUCUACUGUCUCCUUCUAUCUCUUUUACGCUUUUCUUCUUCUUCCCCUUCAUUGCUGCAUUAUUAUCACUAUUCACCUUGUAAUUGAUCUUUCAACCAUCCAAACACGUUACAUGUCUUGUGCCGAUCGCGCAAGCAUACCUUGACAGCCAUGGCCGACGACCCCUUCGUAACAUCACAACAACAACAUACACAGCACAUCUAUCGUCCUAUACCGCGACGCAAUUUCAUAAUACCUUCCAGUCUAGAAUCAGACUUAGAACCACCCUCCCAGGACCCGCUACAACCCGAGUCGCAAUCGCAACCGCAGCCGCCGAUCGACGAACCUCCAGACGAACUAUGGCCGCAGAACACACCCCCUUCUUACGCAAAUUCACACCAUCGCUCGUCCGACUUCCUCGCGCAGCUCAAUGCAAGACUCCUUCGGUCGACGUACGGUUCCCACAAUCCCUACUUUCCCGACCAUGUUGACAAUGGCGCACCAUCCCGCAACAAGAGCUAUCUUAACAUGACGAGCAGUACGCUCUAUGGGAUCUACGACGAUGCUGGAAGCAACUCGGGUACCGCCGGAGAGGGGAGCGUCGCCGACACGCCAGGGGGUAUGGGCGCAGAGACACCAGCACGCCAUUACUCUUAUGACUCCAAUUACAGUUAUGGCACAGGCUAUGGCAAUGGGUGGGAGAAUAACAUGGGCAGUCCAGACGGUGGGCUCACCAUGAGGACGAAGCAGCGCUCAAGGCGAGGAACGGUCGCGGACAUCAGGACUAGGCAUGGCCGCGAUUCUCGAUUGCUGAAACAAAGCACAAAGGCGCCGAGGAAUGGGAUAUCGAGAUUUGCCGUCACAAUAGGGAAGCUGGCCGCGCUCUUUGUCUUCGGCGUCGCAUACGGAGUCAUCAUCUCCCACCUACACGACAGUCGGGAAAUCGCCGCCUACAGCGUCGAUGUCAUCGUGGAUCGUGACAGCUGGAUAUACGUUACGAGCUGGGGCCUCUUUGGAAUUCUUCUAGGUAGCUUAUUACCGUACCUCGACAUCGUUUGGAGCGGGGAGCCGGCGAGCGCAGACCUCACGCCAGAAUCGGAUGACGACAACGAGAAAUGCAGCGAGUCGUCUCUGGGCGAGCAGUGGAACGAGGUAGUCCGGAGCGUGGGUGCCUUCGUCGGUAUCGCCUUCGCCAUCCGCCGGCUGCCCUGGCAAUCCACACUCCAAUUAACACUCACCCUCGCCCUGGUGAACCCAGCGCUAUGGUACAUCCUCGACCGCUCCAAACUGGGCUUCUCCUUCUCUCUCAUUACAACCUCGAUCCUCACAUCUUUCAUUUUCCUCUCUAAUCCGGACGUCUUGCCCUCCCCGGCUCUCCCGGCCCUCACAAACGCAACCGGUGUUCCUUCUCCGAUUCGAAGUAGUGCCUCCUCUUCCCCGUACGGUGGUAACAGUAGGACAAGUCCCACCGACGCACAACUGUUCGCCGGGCUUGUUAGUUACGACAACCUUGCAACCGUCACAUGGGUCGGCAGCGUCAUCUUCUGCAGCUGUGUCUGCUUCGGCGGGAUCGGGAGGAGGUUAGCCGUUCUCGAGGGAUUUCCAUCUUCUUCGUCAUCUUCAUUGCCUCCAUCGAGGAGAUAGCAAAAUGGAAGUCGCACUGCAUCACAUAGAACCGAUACCCCGGGUCAAAAAUUUUACCCCAGAGAAAAAACGAGGUAUUGUAGAAAGCAAGUAAAAGAGGGGAACAUCGCAGCCAUAUAUAUCAUCCGGACCAACAAUCUGCCUCAACCAACCAAUGGCCUCGCCCAAUCUAUAUCUCAAUCUACAUGCAUAGUGCGGAGA